AGGGUCGAGUUCUGGAGCUGCACUCGCCAGAUGCCGUCCACAGCUGCGUCCUGAGGGCAUCGGACGCUGCGGAGGCCGCGGCCUGGUUUAACACCCUCCAUUCUGCGUUGGCCGUCCUCACGACCUCCGCCCUCCACGAGGCUUCCAGGGCCAUCGCUGAUCUCAGACACAUAGGUUGGUUACUACGGCGACCCAAAAUGGAG